CUCUCAUCUCCAGCUGUGUGGCAUUGGUCCGAGAGACUUCGCUCUUUGUACCUCAUCAGGCCUUUCUGCUCCAAUCUUCAGAUCUAGAAACCUUGGAACCGCCUCCUCACGUGACGUAAGAUGGGGUCGAAGGAGGAUACUCGAACAGACCCGCCGUGUAUUUCUCGCGCCUGUGCCAUCCAGAACUGCUUGCAAAAGAGCAACUACAAGGAGGAAAGAUGCAGAAAGGAGGUCGACGCUUUGUAUGAGUGCUGCAAUAAAUUCUACCAAGAAAAGGGCGAGGACGCAAGCUCAGUCUGCUGUCCAAAAUAUGAACUCUUGAAGUACUGGCUGCAAUUCUGCAUUGUUAAACUUUAACGGCUUACGGGAAUUAGACUGAAGAUGAAGCAAAGGAGUCAGGAUACGAUUUGAGCGUGCCUCCAGGUCAGGGAAGAGUCAUCGGUAGUAAGGCAUUCACAUAUUGCGUAUAAAAUCUUUGUACAAACAUCAUGUAUC